AUGGCGUCUUCAUUGGCCUCCUCUGUGUCAUCCCUCCAAUCUUCACUACAGCUUUUGGACAACUCCAUCACCAUCCUGGACGAAGGUGUCAACGAUUUCCCCCGCUUGUGCAAAGUCCUUCAAACAACACGACACUUUGAGCUCCUGCCAGAGCCAACUCUGCGAGAAGCGCAGCAAUCUCUUCUAGAUGAAAUCACACCCAGCAUCGCCCACCUCCUCUCCCUCGCCUCAAACCACGUCGAGAAGCUAGCUCGCCGCGAGCAAGGCCUGAAAGCCAAGUGUGACCUCCAAGAAGGACGUCUCUCCUCGAACCCGGAGAACCGUACUUCUGCAACUCGAGCCACGUCCCAGAGCAGCGCGGCGAUGCGGGGUCGAAUGGCAAGCUCGACAGGAAAUGCGGCAUCCAAGGCGGCCGAGCUAAGGCGGCUGGUCCAGAAAAAGGAGCGACUCAAGUAUGUUGUCGACCGAUUAGAGUUGCAGAGUACCCAACGACAGAGGCAGCUGAGGAAGAGUAUGGCUGCCCAGUGA